CUCUUUUCUUUGCCACCGUUCUGUCUCUAUAUCGGCAUUGUUAUUGUGCGCUUCAUCCCUUGUAAUCUUUACAUCCAUAACCACCCACACAUACCGUCAAGAUGCCCAAGUCCAAGAGAGCGAAGGUGUACAACCUCACCCAGGUCACCAAGAAGAACCGCGAACAAAAGGAGAAGCUCUUUGAGAACAUCCGAGAAUGCAUCCCCAACUACCAGCACUGUUUCGUCUUCAGCAUCGAUAACAUGCGCAACAACUACCUCAAGGAUGUCAGAAAGGAGCUGAAUGACUGCCGCAUCUUCUUCGGCAAGACCAAGCUCACCGCCCGCGCCCUCGGCACCACCCCCGAGGACGCCCAAGCCGACGGGCUCGACAAGCUCUCCAAGUACCUGUCCGGCUCCGUCGGCCUCAUCUUCACCAACCGCGACCCCUCGGAAAUCAAGGACUACUUCGUCAACCUGACACAAGUCGACUUUGCGCGCGCCGGCUCCGUCGCCACCCGAACCAUCACCAUCCCCUCCGGUCCCUUGUACUCGACCGGUGGCGAGGUCCCCGCCGAGCACGACGUGCCCGUCUCCCACACGCUCGAGCCCGAGCUCCGCCGCCUGGGCAUGCCCACCCGCAUGGUCAAGGGCAAGGUCUGCCUGGGCGACGAGGCCGGCGAGGGCGACGACUACGUUAUCUGCAAGGAGGGCGAGACGCUGGAUUCCAGGCAGACGAGGCUGCUGAAGCUGUUCAGCAUCUGCUUGAGCGAGUUCCGCGUCAAGCUGCUGGCGUACUGGAGCGCGGCGAGCGGGGAGGUUACCGAGUUGGAGAAGCCUGGUGAGGCUGGUGCUGAGGAGAUGGAGGAGGAUGACGAGUAAGGGAUGUGUUCAUGAAUGAUACCCUGAAAAGAGGGACGGUGUGUAUGUGGUUGCAGUUGGUGAAGCGGUUGGAAAGGUCCAUGAUAUAAAAAAUCUGCCGUGCGAGAAGGGAACCUCCACAACACAACAACGCAACAUCGAGGGAACAAGAGGGAGGGGGGAG